AUGGCGGAUCAAGUUCAAGCAACCGAUGCCACGACGCCAGACGCUGAAGUGCCAGACACUGGCCAGGCCGCCGCCAAGCCACAGCCAAGAAAACAGGCCAGGCCAAGAGGGAAGCCACUGCCAGAGAAACCAGAGAGAAGUCUCUUCUGUCUCGGCAAAAAGAAUCCGAUAAGAAAAUUUUGCUAUGACGUCAUUGAAUGGAAACCGUUUGAGUACAUGAUAUUGACGACAAUCUUCGCCAACUGCAUAGCGCUAGCAGUCUUCACUCCCUACCCUUCUGGGGACACAAACAACACAAAUCAAAUAUUGGAAAAGGUGGAAUGGAUUUUUAUGGCCAUCUUCACCUGUGAGUGCGUGAUGAAGAUUAUAGCUUACGGAUUCCUGUUCCAUCCUGGCGCCUAUCUUAGGAAUACUUGGAACAGUCUCGAUUUCACUAUUGUGACUAUUGGCAUAGCCAGUCAGAUACUUCAAAACAUUUCAAAAGACCUAUUCGAUGUGAAAGCAUUGAGAGCCUUCAGAGUGCUUCGUCCUCUACGAUUAGUUUCAGGAGUUCCAAGUCUUCAAAUCGUGCUCAACUCAAUAUUGAAAGCGAUGGUACCACUAUUCCACAUCGCUUUCCUUGUAUUAUUCGUCAUCAUCAUCUACGCUAUCAUCGGUCUUGAACUAUUCUCAGGAGUGUUACAUGACACUUGUUUUGAUAAUGUUACUAAGAAGAUGGUGGAAGAGCCAACUCCGUGCUCCAGAGACGCUGAUGUUGGGAAUCAUUGUGAGGAAGGACAGAUAUGCCGUGAUUAUUGGCUUGGACCAAAUUUCGGGAUCACCAAUUUCGAUAACAUCGGAUAUUCCAUGCUGACAGUGUUCCAAUGUAUCACACUUGAAGGCUGGACAGACAUCAUGUACGCCAUUGCAGAUGUAAAAGGCAACACGUGGGUGUGGAUAUAUUUUGUGUCAUUAGUUAUUUUCGGAAAUUUCUUUGUUAUGAACCUUAUUCUUGGUGUCUUAUCCGGAGAAUUUUCUAAGGAAAGAGAGAAGGCAAAAAAUCGUGGAGAUUUUCAAAAAUCUCGUGAAAGGCAACAAUUCGAAGAAGACCUCAAAGGAUAUUUGAAUUGGAUUACUGUUGCUGAAGAGUUGGAUCUUGAGAAUGAUCAAGCGCAGAAGGAAGAAGAUCAAGACUCUCAAGGAAACAAAAAAGAACGCAGAAGUAAUGAUGGCUCUCAGAAUAACGUGAACGGUGACCCGCCGACGACAGUUUCUUGCAAGAUAUAUUGCAGAAGAUUUGAUAAGGUAAAUCGUCGUAUGCGUCGCGCGUGUCGUAAAGCGGUCAAGUCACAGACAUUCUACUGGGCUAUCAUUGUACUCGUCUUUCUGAACACUUUAGUGCUAGCGACAGAACAUUAUGGUCAAGAGCCCUGGCUAGAUCAAUUUCAGAAUUAUGCAAACGUGCUGUUUGUGGUCUUAUUUUCAACUGAGAUGCUCGUGAAGAUGUACGCUUUGGGAAUUCAGGGCUACUUCGUGUCUCUCUUCAAUAGAUUCGAUUGUUUCGUGAUGGUGUGUUCUAUUGUGGAGCUCGGUCUCACGUACACCAACAAAAUACCUCAGCUUGGUAUCUCCGUGUUGCGAUGUGUUCGACUGUUGAGGGUCUUCAAGGUUACCAAGUACUGGCGAUCUCUAUCAAACCUCGUGGCGUCUCUGCUAAAUUCUAUUCAGUCAAUUUUUUCUCUCCUACUUCUACUUUUCCUCUUCAUCAUGAUAUUCGCCCUUCUUGGCAUGCAGGUAUUCGGUGGAAGAUUUGACUACGCAGCGGAGGAACAAAAAGAACGACAUAACUUUGACUCCUUUUGGCAAGCUGUGCUGACAAUGUUUCAGAUUUUAACCGGCGAGGAUUGGAACGUCGUGAUGUAUCAUGGUAUCAACGCUUACGGAGGCGUUGGAACGCCAGGGAUGUUGGCGUCUAUAUAUUUCAUCAUAAUAUUUAUUUGCGGCAAUUAUAUUCUUUUGAACGUGUUCUUGGCUAUCGCCGUCGACAACUUGGGUGAUGCUGAAGACAUGGAUGAAGAGAUUGUUAAGGAGAAAGAGGAUGCCGAAAAUCCAGAAGCAGGUAAUCCACAACUGGAUGAAGAAAGAGGUGAGACAGACGAUGAGUACGUAAACGAAGAAGAAGGGUAUUCCAGUGAAGGAUCAGAACACGAAUAUGAGGAGACAGGGUCUGAGGAAGACGUGGAGGGAGAAGAACAGGAUCAGGGAGAUAACGCCAAUAACGCACUUGUAGCUGUUGAAAAACAAAAUGGCGAUAUAAAAAAAGCAGAUUCUCCUCCCAAGCGACAACCAACGAUAUCAGCUCGACCGAGAAGACUCUCUGAGGUUGAGAUCAAAACCCAGGAGAAGCCGAUACCUGAUGGCAGUAGCUUUUUCAUCUUUUCUAAAACUAAUUGGUUCCGAGUCACCUGCUACAAAAUCCAAAACAAUUCUUGGUUUAGAAAUUUGAUUCUACUUUGCAUUUUGGCGUCGUCAUUGAUGUUGGCAAUGGAAGAUCCUGUUGGGAGAAAGGGCAAUGAGAACUGGAGUGAAAUGCUUCGUAAAAUCGACUACGUGUUCACAACGGUCUUCACGAUCGAGCUGGUGUUGAAGCUGAUCACCUACGGGUUCAUCUUCCACAAGGACGCCUUCUGUCGAUCAGCUUUUAACUUGUUAGAUCUACUGGUGGUUAUCGUUUCACUUAUCUCUUCGAGCGGUAACAAUAAUGUGUCAUACAUAAAGAUUUUGAGAGUAUUCCGAGUGUUGAGACCGCUCAGAGCCAUCAAUAGAGCCAAGGGAUUAAAGCACGUAGUUCAGUGCGUGAUCGUUGCUAUAAAAACGAUAGGCAACAUUUUGCUGGUGACCAAUCUUCUUCAGUUCAUGUUCGCUGUAAUGGGGGUGCAAAUGUUCAAGGGUAAAUUUUGUCAAUGCACAGAUAAUUCCAAAGUGACGAGAGAUGAGUGUCAAGGUUCUUAUCUGAUAUACGAAAAUGGUUCACCAAAGAUUAAAGACAGGGUAUGGAUACGUAAUAAAUUCAAUUUCGAUGACGUCAUGAGUGGGAUGUUGACUUUGUUCACCGUAUCCACAUUUGAAGGAUGGCCGGGCUUAUUGUCAACCUCAAUGGAUUCUAAUGAAGAGAACCAUGGACCGGUAGAGAACUCACGGCCUCUGGUGGCGUUCUUCUAUAUCAGCUACAUCAUCGUGAUAGCAUUCUUUAUGGUUAAUAUUUUCGUGGGUUUCGUCAUAGUAACAUUCCAGAAGGAGGGAGAACAGGAAUUCAAGGAUUGUGAACUUGACAAGAAUCAGAGGAACUGUAUCGAGUUUGCUCUCAAAGCUAAGCCUGUUAGGAGGUACAUUCCUAAGCACCGCAUCCAGUAUAAGACCUGGUGGUUCGUGACUUCACAACGUUUCGAGUACGUCAUUUUCUUCUUCAUAGUUUUGAACACCAUCGCUCUGAUGAUGAAGUACCAUGACGCUAAGCCGGACUAUAAAAAAGUGUUGGAUUAUUUGAACAUGAUAUUGACAACAGUUUUCAUGUUGGAGUUUGUUUUUAAGUUGGCUGCCUUCAGAUUCAAGAACUAUUUCGGUGAUGCUUGGAACACAACGGACUUUAUUCUGGUAGUCGGUAGUAUUAUAGACAUUGUUGUAACACAGGUUAAUGAGUAUAAAGAACCAAAUGAGUUCGCCACAACAAAGGAAAGUAAAGAGGUACAUGAUAAUGGAACACAUUUGAAAUAUAUAGCUUUCUUUCGAUUAUUCCGUGCGAUGAGACUUAUAAAACUAUUAUCUCGAGGGGAACGAAUACGAACAUUAUUGUGGACAUUCAUAAAGUCUUUCCAAGCUCUGCCGUAUGUAGCUUUGUUGAUUGUUUUGUUGUUCUUCAUCUACGCGGUGGUCGGGAUGCAGUUAUUCGGCAAAGUUCAGGAAGACGAUGAAAUAAUAACGAGGAACAAUAACUUCCAAACAUUCGGUGGCGCUUUGAUGGUGUUGUUUAGAUCGGCUACAGGUGAGGCGUGGCAAGAAAUAAUGAUGGCGUUGUCACCAAACGACUCGGAACACCCGGGCGAGCCGGUCGGCUGUCUCCAUGAUGAAGGGGAUCCGCCCUCCGAGGAGAGCUGCGGCACGCGACUAGCAUACCCAUACUUCAUAUCCUUCUCGUUGUUGUGUACCUUCCUGAUUAUUAACUUAUUCGUGGCAGUUAUUAUGGACAACUUUGAUUAUUUGACACGAGACUGGUCCAUACUCGGACCGCAUCAUUUAGACGAAUUUGUGAGACUUUGGAGUGAAUACGAUCCAGAUGCUAAAGGAAGAAUCAAACACUUGGAUAUAGUGACGCUGUUGAGAAAAAUAAGUCCACCGCUGGGUUUCGGUAAGCUGUGUCCUCACAGGACAGCCUGCAAGCGUCUCGUGUCCAUGAACAUGCCGCUCAACUCUGACGGGACCGUCAACUUUAACGCUACAUUGUUUGCUGUUGUAAGAACUCAGCUGCAGAUAAAAACUACUGGUGUGAUAGACGAAUGUAAUACUGAAUUACGAGCCAUCAUAAAGAAAGUAUGGAAGAGGACGUCUCCGAAGCUCCUGGACCAGGUGGUACCACCUCCUGGGGAUCCUAACGAGAUCACCGUCGGGAAGUUUUACGCCACCUUCCUCAUACAAGAUUACUUCCGAAGGAACCAUGCAUUCCGUAAACGCAAGGAGCAAGCCGCUGCGGCCUCGGUUCAGACCAACCAGAUGACCUUACAAGCAGGUCUGAGGACGCUCCACGAGGCUGGACCAGAACUAAAGAGGGCCAUCUCCGGGAACUUGGACGAGGUCGUCGCUGAAACCGUGGAACCAAUGCAUCGGCGUAACCACACUCUUUUCGGCGCGGUGUGGACGAGCAUCAAGAAAGGACGAGAGAGUUUCUACCAUCCACCGCCCAAUAGAGUCAAAACAACUUCUAAUGGAAAGAAAGAGAGUCAGUCGUUAAGUUGGAUGAUGCAGAGAGAGUUGGGUCUCGAUGGAAAAAUCCCAGAAGAUGAAAAUAAAUUCGAAGACAUGAACCAUAGUGAAGGUGAAGAGGAAAUAGCGAUGCAACCCUUGCUACAUGGAAAAGACUCUGAGAAGAUAUUCAAAGUUAUCGAAAAAACAUCCAACGAUUUAAUGCAGAGUUUGAGAAACAACUAUCGUGACAGGAUGCCACAAAACACCAACAACGUGCCUUAUUGUGUAGAAAACCCAGCGGAAAAUCUUAUUACUCGUGUUCUAACGGAGCAGGGUCUGGGCAAGUACUGUGACCGCGAGUUCGUCUCCAGCACCGCCCGGGAGAUGCAGGACGCCCUCGACCUCACGCAGGAGGAAAUGGAUGCCGCUGCUAAUCAAAUUAUUUUGCAAGAAAGAAACAUGAACCGGUCCCAAAGGCCUGAUGAUGUGGAGAGCAUACUGUCCCGUCAGUACCACCCGUUCCAUCAGCCAGCCAUUCAUCCAUCAGCGAAGCAGAAAUAG